AUGGACGUUGAUCCUGCUGUCCCAAACUUUGCGCAAACCCGCCACGAAAAUGUCCCUACAAACGGUGGCGAUCUGGCGGUCAAGGCAGAAGAUGCUGAAGAGGCUGGAGAAGCGCCUCAGGCCGGUGGUUCGAUAACCCCCCAAUCGACAGGGACAGCGAAUCCGCCAAUCCAGUCGACCAAACCACGAGGUCAAUCAGACCAAAUGCCAGCAAUACAGGUCGACGACGACGACGAUGACGACGGCGUACUGGUGGACAUGCAGUCUUUGUCCAUAUCUACGGAUGGUGUUGCGGACGCGUGGUGCAGAGAGCGAGGAACGAAAGCACUCGUGCGCCUUGGGCCAAAGCGGUAUCCUAAGUAUGUGGUCCGGCCAGGUGAAUGGUACAGCACCGGAAACCUCCAGAAGGUGUCUGAUGCCGAGUCGCGGUUCACUUCCAUUAAGACGAAAGAUAAAACAGGCAAAAUACAACGGCUCUACGGCAAAGCAAACAUAGCAUGGUAUGACGGAGUGGCUAUUGUGGGCAACGGCGUGGUCACUUCCUCUUUACGAGCGCCCACCACUUACGUCAAGAUGAAAUGGAAGGACAUCAGGGAAGAGCAUGCACACCUAUGCAGGAAUGGGAAGAACUGGACAUCGCGAAGACCGACCUGGGUAAGAUAG